CCUAAUCUCACUCUCAAUUUCCCCAGCUCCCAUAAUAUAAAUGCCACCGCCGACACCCCCACCAAAAUACCUCUAUAAAAUCCUGCCCUCCGCCCCACCCACCCCUCUCCCGCCCCGCCUGCCCCUCUCAGACCUCGACCGCACAGACGGUUACAUUCAUCUCAGCACAGCGGAACAAGUUCCCGGGACCGCUGAGAAGUUUUUUAGUGGAUUUGAGGAGCUGUGGUUGUUGAAGAUAGAGUAUAGGGUGCUUGCUAAAGACGAGGGGAAAGAGGCAGGCGGGGAUGGGGCAGAAGGGAAGGAGGGUGAUAAGAAGGGGGUUUUAAAGUGGGAGGAAGUUGGCAGAGGGUGUUUUGCACAUUUUUUUGGUGCGGAUUUGGGGAUUGGGAAUGUGGAGAGUGUGGUUAAGGUUGAGAGGGGGAGGACGUGGGGAGGUUUAAAGUUGGAGUGGUGAUCGGGGUUGGAUGAGGAGUUUUCUGGAGCUCACGCCGGGCUUGGCGGAUGAGGGUGGAAGGAUGAAACGAAUGAUGAAGGAGAAGGAGAAUAUGGUAGAUUGGGAUUCUAGAUAGGGCGUUAGGAAGUGGCAUUGCGUAUUUGUCGUAUGGAAUGGAAUAUACUGAGAAAUUGACUGGUGGGCAAAGGUAAGGCUUUAGGCAAACUUUAUCGGUAUAUAUACUCAAAAGUGAGUUCCUAGCCACUUUGUUAAACCAAAGGCUUGUCAAUAAUUUAU